UAGGUAUUGCCUAGGCGGUAUGUCCAAUGCUGUGAUCCAAACCAAAUACUAUCUUGGAACCUGCAAAGAAUCAAACACAACACACCCUACUGAAGAGAUAUGCUGCCUCCCGUAGAGUCAAGUGUAUUGGCUUCUAAUCCCAGCUUCGAUGUGCUGUAUCGCGACCUUUGCACGAACAAGCUCAAUGUAGACGGGACUACCAGGACCGACGCGAAGCAAUAUAAAGAGCGCGAAUCAUUCAAUGAAGACCUACGCAGAGCUCGCAUAUUGGUUGCGAAGAAGAAUCUGAUCCAGACGUACCUGCCGGCGACGGCAUCGAAGCAAAAUGAGUAUCCAGACGAGGUCCGCCCCCAAUCUCAUAGGCAUAGCAUUUUCGCAAGCAGCUUACCGUCCUGUCCUCAUAGCUGCGAGAAUUGAUUACCGUGAUCACUGCAAUAUUGAGCUCAAAUAUCACAGAUGAUGACGCCGAUUUACUUCUAGACGACGUGGAAAAGUUCAAGGCGAACA